CCUCUUUCAAGGGGUUUUGAGUUAACAUUGGUCGUCUUUUCUUACAGAUUAUCGAAGUAAAAAUCCAAAUGGGGAGCACUGCAGUCGAGAAGACAGCAGAUGAGCUUCAGCGAGAGAUCGAUGAGCUUCAUCGGCAACAACGAGAGAUCACGGAGAGGCUGAGGGAUCCUAGAGGUCUCCGAAGGGGAGGAUUGUCGAGCAUCGGUACUCGUAAAUUAGCAUCCAAUGGUUCUCGUCAACAUGGCUUUCUUCGACCUUCAGAUGGGACAGAUGUAGAAGAUCAACCUCCGGCUAAGAAGCGAUUGUCAUCAGCUGUUGUAAAGCAAGAUGGUUGGUCUAGAAGGGAUGGAAACCAAAGACUGAAGAAGGAUGCUGAAGUUCCAAUUGCAGAUCAUGUUCCAAGGAUUCUGCCCAAGGAUGAGGACCCAGGCUUGAUUAAUAGGAAUAGAAGGAUGUUGGGGCAACUUUUAGGGACUUUGGAGAGAUUCAGGAGAGAAGAUAAGCAAAUUUCGGAGACAGAGGCAUAUAUGAGACGAUCAAAUUCUUUGCAAAGAGCCGAGCAAAGAGCUCGUGAAGAAAGUGAGAAGCUGAGGCAACAAGAGCGUGAACAGAUUGCAGAAAAGAGGAGGAGAGAUCUGACUCUCAGGGCUCGGGUGGCUGCGAAGGCUGAAGAAAAGAAGAUGGAGUUGUUGUUUCUUCAGUGGAGUGAGCACCACAAAAAGCUUAACAAUUAUAUAAGGACCAAAACCGAGCCUCCAAUAUAUUAUUUGCCAACUAAACCAUUGUAUGAAGAUGCGGCUAUACAUGAGCAACAAAAAGAACAAGAGUUUCUAGAAUGGAAGGCAGCUAGGAGGGAAGAAUUAUCUAAAUAUCAGAAACAAAUAGGAGAAGAGUAUGUUGGAAACGUAGAAAAGGAGUUGGAGAGGUGGCAAAAUGCCCGGAAAGCUAGGAAAGCAAACAAUGACAUGAACCUACAAGAAACUAUGGACAAAGAAUUGGAUAGCCACAGACUGGAGCAUGGUCCAAAGAAGAGAAAGAUACCUGGUGGAAACAACAAUGAAGAUGAGGAAGAUGUGGAAGAUAUCAAUGUUGGGGAGGAUGAUAUGAUGGAUGAUGUUUUGGAUGUUGAUGAUAAUAAUGGGAGGGCAGAUGAGGCGGCCAAAGUGGAGCUUGUAAACACUAGUCCAGUCCCUGAUAAUGCUGAGCGGCCAUGACCGUAGACAAUGCCGUUGAUCAGGUCAAACUUAUAUGAGGUCUUUUGUAUUAUUUUUGUUUUUGUUGUUGAAGUCUUGUUGUAGGAUUCAUUUU